GCCUGGGGGGCGUCGGCCUGGGGCACAGAGGGGCAGCUGCUGCCACACUGAUAUGGAGCUGAAGGGCGGUCUCCGGGAGGAAGAAAAGGAGAAAGAAGAAGAGAAGCAAGCAAGUACAGCCAAGACAGGCGCCGCGGGGACAUGAGGCCCCAACUGGAGGAGGGGGAGAGCAGCAGCAGCAGCAGCAGCAGCAGCAGCAGCAGCAACGGGAGGACCCAGAAGCCCCAAAGCCCCGAAAAGUUCCAGCGGGUCCGGAGCAAAAAGAGGCGCAAACGGGGCCGUGUGGUAGGGUUGAGCCAGCAGCGGCAGGCUGCCAACGCCCGGGAGAGAGACCGCACACACAGUGUCAACAGCGCUUUCACCACACUCCGUACCCUCAUCCCCACGGAGCCCGCAGACCGCAAGCUCUCCAAGAUCGAGACCCUGCGCCUGGCUGCCAGCUACAUUUCCCAUCUAGCAAACGUGCUCCUAUUCCCACCCGAGACGUUUGGGGGUCCCCAGGCCCGUCCCCCGCUGCACUAUCUGCCUUGCCUUCGGGACAGCGAAGGAGGUGCUGGUGGCAGCUCUUAUGGGAGCGUAGGAGCCCCGCGGCCCAUCUGCACCUUCUGCCUCAGUCACCAGAGGAGGGUGGUA